UCUCCCUCACCUUAUUCUUCUUUCUUUCUCUUCAAUAUCACGCUUUCACUCCCUCUGUCUCUGUAUCACUCUGUCCAUCUCUGAAGCCUGAGCGAGCAAAAACUGUGCCCCGUAGGGAACGGCUGAACGAGACCUCGGCUGUAUGAGUCUGACUCAAGGUCAAAGGUGAUUGUAAUAGCAAUGGAGUGCUUCAACAACCUACUCCUGAAACUACGGGAGGUCCAUGAGCGAGAAGUGGAGGGUUGGCAGAUGAAAAUGCAAGAGCUAUCCAACAAAAAAGGCUGUGACACAAAGCGAAUGGAGGAACUGUUCACCAAAAACCAGCAGAUGAAAGAACAGCAGAGAUUACUCACAGAAAACAUCAAGACACUGGAAAACAGGCUGAGGGCGGGGCUGUGCGACAGAUGUACAGUAACUCAGGAGGUAGCCAAGAGAAGACAACAGGAAUUUGAGGCCUCACAGAUACAGAGCCUCCAGCACAUCUCUCUACUGGCAGGAGAGAUGAACAACCUGAAAAAGGAAAACAAGAGACUAAGAGAUGAGAUCAGGAAUAUAAGAGCAACACUCAACAGAGGUCACAGUGAACACUCCUUCAAAAGAAACACCACCACAGACGUCAAACCAAACAGCACCACUGACCUUUCCCAUUCUUCUGGACCUGUGGCCCUGGUCACUGCAGCAACCAACAGGGCCAGCCACCAGCCAGCAGAUGGCACUGUUGAAGUAAAAUCUGAGGCAGACCAAAGAGCUGAAGAAGCUGAACAAAGACAAUUGAGAGGGAUGAACAGAAGUCACUUUGAGUCAUACAGGCAACUUUCACUCUCGGCUCAAGCAUCACCAUCCUGGAAGACAGAGCAUAGUGUAGCACGUGUUGGAGAGAGGAGAGCUCAGAGUAUUGAAGGACUGAACCAGCGAUCCUCUGUCUCUCCUCAAGAAGUGAACCAUAACAGACAUGUGCUCCACCCUACUGUCCCCUGCCGUCCUCAACCUAUCAUGAGCAGCCCUGUCACUCUCCCCUGGCCCUUAUCUGAAUCUCCCGACUGGGCUGCAGGCACCAGCAUGGCGGUGCCACCAAACCCGCCACACUUUCCCAACCUUGUCCCAACUAGCCAACAUGCCAGUCCCGGAAGGCAGGUUUUUGGGUCUUCCUGGCACAAGCAGAGCACCCACCAGCCUCCUGCCAGAGAGCCAACUGUGUUAUUCAGGUUGAGGAGUCUGUCAGAGCAUGUGGAGAGUCAAACUAAGUCCCAGGAGAAAAAAGAACUCCCACCAUCCAAGGAGAAGAGUGUUACUGGGGACGUGUUUAGAGAGACUUGCGAGGUCCCUCUGGACCUAUCGGAACGAGGAAAGUCCAAACCCAGCCAAACACCAAGAGAUGAUUCGCCCAUAGCCUUACAAGGUGACGAGAGAGCACAGAAGAGCCCUGACAAGGAUGUGAAGACAAAUCCACCUGCACACGGACCAGUAUCAUCACCUACUCCUGUCGUCUCUCCCUCAUCCUCCUCUACGCAACAAGUAGAAGAGCCUACCAGUGACCACAACCACAAGCAGGUAAAAGAGGUCAAAGAGCAGGAGCAGAAAGAGGAGGUGAAUGGAAAGACAGACCAAAACAACAGGAAGAAGGUGCCUGUCCUCACUAUAUCAUUACGUCCAGUAGUAGUGCUGGAGACUCUGAAUUCUGCUCUGAAGAUGCAUGAAUCCUUACCAUCAAAUGGCAAGUCAUCGUCACCAGCAGCUGAGCCAGAAAGCAACUCUGACGAGCAGGACAAGGAUGUGAGUGUGUCAGGACAAGAAAGCGUCCAGGGCUGCAAGAGGAAGAGGGCAUCUGUGGAGACAGAAACUGACAGAGACUCGGACAUAAACAACAUCCAGCAGGAGAGGAAGAUCAAGAUCACAGUGAUAUCUGAGAAGAAGAGCCCGAGCUAAAGAGCAUGAUAAAACAUUGACUUGGUAAUCUCAAUUAAACCUGCAUCAAGUGAUUGCAGUAAAACAAGCUGUAAAUGCAACAUUUACACCAUCACCUCGUGUGUUGUUUACUAAUCCCAAUUUUCAAUUCUACCAAAUUCAAAUUCUACCCAGUGUAAGAACCACUUGAGCUGAACUAGAGAUUACCAUUGGGACAACUAAAAUAUAGCAAAACAAAAAAUAAACGCCUAAAAUAAUAAUUUCUCUGGAGCAAGAGGCUUGUAUCUACAAAAACGUUUUUAAGACAGUUAUAGCACAGUUAUAGCCUUAUCUUAAUUUCCAUCAAUAUCAAUAAACAGUGACAACAUUUAUUUUGAGAUGGUAGUCGAUUACAGCAAGCAAACAAGGCCAUCAUUGAGAGUCUCUAUUGACAUCUGCAUUGCAUGUAAUGUGUGGUAUCUUCCUCUAUUUAGCUUGGGUAGGCAAUUUAUUUCAGAAGCAUUUUUGUUUUAUUUGUUGAAAUUGUCUUUACAUUUUGACAGCAAUCAAUAAAUCAAAUGCUCCGACACAAAAAUGAAAAACGGUAUCUGUGGCUGCUGCCACAUUUCAUUUGGACCUGUUCUGUGCAUAAAAAUGUGUUUGGGGGAGUGGCUUUGGAUGGAGGUCUGAGGAAGGGCUGGAAUAUUUUUCAGUUGGAUAUUUUCAAAAUCUAGCCGUCUGCUAUAUCGGUUGCUGUUUAAAUGCUACACACGGAUCAUUUAAAAUGCAUGGCAAUUCAGAUAAGAUAAGGCUGUUAUUGUAGUUCCUAAAAACUUUUUUGUUAAUACAAGCCUCUCGCUCCAGAGAAGUUAAUAUUUUUAGGCAUUUAUGUUUAGAUCUGCUAUAUUUUAGUUGUCCCAAAGGUAAUCUCUUGUUCGGCUCUAGUGGUUCUUACACUGGGGAGGAAGAUUUUCAGAGGCUGAUAAUUCUGCAACUUCUCUUUUCAUGUUUUUUUACAUGAACAGUAAUAUUCCAUUAAGUCAGUAUAUAAGAAGGAACAUGUGACCAGUGCUUUAUGUCAUGUAAACAUCAUAUUCUAUUGAUUGUUGGGAUUAGUAAACAACAUAUAUUUAAUUUCCAUGGAGUCGCUAAAUCCAAAAUAACAAUUAUAAAAACUGAAUAAAACAUUUUCAAAUGCCAGUACUCAAAUAAAACCUGAACCUUCACUUGGUGAAUAUCAGCGUGCAUGUAAACACACAUUUACUUUUUGUUUAGCACUUAGGCAGUUAGAACUGAGUCACAGUCAAGUCACACAUUUUUGCAACACAUAGCAGCCCAUUUUCACAAGGUACAACUCAGGCAGCCACCCUGAAUAUGACCAACUGAUGACAAGUGCAAUAAAUGGAGGCUUUGUCAUAGAAAAUUUAGUUACGUAGUUAAAUAAAUGAUCAGAUUCAAAUAAUGGUGUGACCUAUGUUCAUUCUCCUCUCAGCUGUUGAUUUGUCAAAACUCAAAAUCACCACAACUAUUGCCAAUUCAGUACCAUUGCUAGUGUCAUCCCUCUGCAGACACAGUACCAGCGUAGCCACUCCCCCUUUCUGAAACCUUAAAUAACCAUCCAAUCAAAUGAAAAAUUGUGAAGACCUUUUCUUUACCUUGUCUUAACAGACAAACAAAGCAAACCAAACAGUGUUUGUGUUUUACCUGCCAAUGCCUAAAACUGUAAUCUUCCUUUGCAGUAUCCCGCAACAUUGUAUUUUCAUAUAACAUAAUUAUUUCACUUUCCUGGCAUUGCUGUCACUGCCUGGCUAUUUCUGCCACAGAGCAACCCCCCACCCUGUUGUAAGUGACCAACAAAGAGAAAAAUAGAGAAAAACAUGUUCCGUUUCCUCUUUUUCAUUUUCAGAAUGCACAUAUUUUGCAAGUAUUAACUUUCCACUCACAGCUGUGACAGCUUGUGGUAAGCCGGAUGGAAGGAGGCGAUAAGUGUCAGUUAAAGAACCUAUACUUUUGUCAUAAUCAUUGUGUCCAUUUUGUGUAAAUACAUAAAAAAAAAAUUAAUGGCAGGAUCAGCCGAUACAUAGUGAAAAUAUGAGUUUGUUGUUAUUAUUCCUUCUUUUCUUUUUUCGGAAGCAUACACUUUUUAUUAUCCUGUGUGUAAAAAACUGUGCAAUCCUGAUGCUGUUAUAUUGAUUUCUGCUGUUUCUAUCAUGUCUCUCUAAUGCCAUUAGAGUCCAUUAGGUACAGUACUUGCUCAAUGGUCAGUGGACUAAAUAGCCUGUCCCUGCCAUUCGCAUCUCUCUGUUAAUUAAAAUGUGAUCGACUGUGCCACUGUAAGUGUACUAUUGCGCUUUGACUUUUACAGUAUGCGAAUCUAUCAGGUUAAAUUAUGUGUUGUGUUGUGGUCUAAACAGAUAUUUUGUUUAUUUUGAAUGAUAUAACGCACACUCUUGUUGAAUGCAUGUCUUAUGAUGCUUAAGAAAAUUUCCGUUUUUGAAUGUUGCUUCUGUAGUUCCUACUGUAUAUGGUCUAGCUCUUAUAUUUCUGACCGUAACAAAUUUACCACACAACUCUUUUACAUAUUGGGUGAAAAAUCUUCAGUGAAAGUUUUCUCGGAAAUACAAAUAACAUCAUGUCUGAAGUUUUGUUCAAGAUAUUAUGCAAAACAGUUGUGGUGUGAUGAUGGGAUGUAGAAACCAGAGGAAACUAGCAAACGUUUGUCAUGUAGUAGUGUGUAAGUAUCUAAGUAUUAUCAGCGAAAUGUACUUAAAGUAUCAAAAAUAAAAGUACUUAUUAUGCA